CGGACAAGCAAGGAGGGCGUGAUGAUGGCCAAGGUUGGACGCCAUUUCCAGCACACCCGUCUCUCAUUCGUUCCAAACGUGGGCAUCAUGGCUCACAUGUUCUUUGCCUUCGAUCAGAGAACAUGGCGGGCGUCAAGCGCCUCCAACAAGCUGAAUAAUUUGCCAUGUUCGGCUUCUGCUCAUACUGAGUUCACUUGGCUUUCUGCAAACCUGUCCUAUUGCAUCAGGCUCGUCUAUCCAGCAUCUUCUGAUAGACGAACAGUUUUAUACUCUGCCGAGAAAUGUUAUUCUGACAUCGUUGGCAGCAGUGGUCUUCGACCUGCAUUGUCCGAGCAAAUUUCGAAAGCAAAGAAUGGAGCCCGGCAAUUCCUCGGUCCAGACUCCCGCUUUCCAACUCCUUCGAGCAACUGAAGUUCCACCUGAAGUCACCUUCGACAGCGGCCUCCAGUUUGGCGCCGACACCCUCCAGGCCCCAGCACCCCCGGGCUUCAUAGCCGAGUCCAGCUACUUGAAGAGGCCGGUUGGCGAUACUGCUCUGCGCAGAGGCCAAGGAAUGGAGCUCUGCCAGCUGCUGGAAGGGACUUGGCCAGGCGUUGCUACUGAGAAUGUCCCAAUUGUGCCUCUGGGUCUGGAUGCGCUGCGGAGUGCAUUCACCUUCCGAAGUGAAGAGCCAGUCGAGCUGGCGCAGGAAGAUCUUGGCUCCCCAACCUACACCCCACCACUUGUCAAGGAAGUGGACAGAAGCAACGGGAAAAAAGAAGAAGACAAAAAGAAGAAGAAGAAGCACAGCAGCAAGCACAGGGAUCGGGAAGGAGAGGAGGGAGACCGCAAGAAGGACAAGAAGAAGAAGCGGAAGCAUCGAGAAGGAGAGGAGACAGACGACCGUCACAAAAGUAAAAAGAGCAAGAAGUCGGAAGGCAAAUCAUGAAGCACAGAGGGUCGUCGUCCUCUGAGCAUUCAGCCGGCCCUUCCAGCCACGCCAAACAGAACGACUCCAUCCAGACUGCAUUUCCUGUACAACAGCUAACGUGCUCGAACCUUUGAUCAAGCGUCUUGAGUGUGCUAUCAACCGGUUAGUUUCGGAGUUGUGGAUGCGUCCAGAUCGCCAUAUCAUGGUUCCACUGCCGGCUUGCAGCUGAUAAACAUCGGCAGUCAGACCCCGGCCCAUCUGCCUCGCCUGCAACGGAGCUGCAUGGCGCUUUAGCACGAAGACAAUUCAACAGUAUUCAACAGGCCUCCGAAGGGUGGGGAACCCGUCAAGAUGUGUCUGAGAUAAUGGAAGGGGGUUUGUGCCGCUUCUUUCGAGGGUUGUGACAGGGACCAUGCAGUGUCCUUCAAACGCAAUCGUUUCGCAGCUGCUGGAACUCGUGGCCACGUUGGAAAUUGCUAUGGCGAUGUACUACUGACCAGACUCAAACCACACUCAAACCAGGGAUUCAUCAACAAGCCAACCGAAGGACCUAACUUGAUACCUACAUGCUUCCUUCAACAAUUGUAGCGGUCAGUUCGUAGGCCGGAGCAGAUUUAGGGAUCAUUCCGACAAUGAAUUGGGGAUGCCUUGAGUCCUUUGCCCAAAGGGCCGCUUUGCGUGAACAUGACAAUGAUGUGCGUGAUGUAAGGCAUGAAAGACCCCCGGCAGAGCAACCGUUUUUAACAAAGCAACCGCGAGAAUGUUACGAUGUGG